UGGUUCAGCUAUGAAGAGCUCACUCUUGGUCCUUGUGGUCCUUGUCUUGCUUUCCUGUGUUCCACCAGUUAGAAGUGGACCAAAUCCAUACAUAAGAAAAGCAUUUUCUACAUGCUGGAAAGGAAAAGGUACUUGCAGGAAAUUAUGUUGGACAAAUGAAGAACACCGCAUUUUGUGUGAUGUUGCACAACUGUGCUGCGUUAAGAAAAAGAUGUUACAAGUAGAGUUUACAAGAUAGUUGUGAGUGUCUGAGGCUCCUGCUGCAUCCCUGUGGGGACCCAGAUCAUUCUCAGUUGUGUUAUCCUAAUAAAAUGAUGGUUUUAGUCUU